ACAUCUGAACGAUCGUAAACCAAUUUAAAACCAAGAUAGGUAAAGCCACGCAACCGCUGAAUGACCAGAGUUGAUAGAUGCAUCUCUGAACGGUAUCUCGCACAUCCUGGUGUCUAAUUUUCUAAAACCUUUGUCAAUGGGAUUUCAUCGUUCGAACAUUCGGGCACGUCGCGUUUCGGAUGCUGGCGCGCGUUUUCUGGUACGCGAUAGAAUACAUCAACAUCGGGCAACAGGUGGGAUUCGUUAGAGCCAUCGCAGCUGAAAUUGACUUCGAAUGGUUGCUCGGUUGAUUGUUGACAUCGUUAGUUAGACUGGGAAUAGUUUAUUCCGGGUAGUGCGACGGCGCAGAACCUUCCGUCUGCUGCCAUUCACCGACGGGAUUCAUCACGAACUGUCAUAUAGGGGAGGGUUUAUUUUUCUACCAAUCUAUCAGAUUUACAUCUACUAUCCAUCUAACUCGACGGUUCUUGUGUUUUGUGGCAAGUGCAUUUCGUUUCAAGGAAUAGGGGAUUUUUUAAGUCACAUUUGCUGCUAAAGGUUGUGAAUAUAAUCGAAAAAGUGAUAAAUCACAGUUUGCGGGGUCGAAGGGCCAAAACAUGGUAAAAGAUAUCAUUCUUACUGAUAGAGAGCUCUAUCCAAGCCAUCAGAUACCAGAAGAUAAUGAACUCGAUUAUCGGGAGCAGUUUCCGGACAUACGACCUCUGUUGAGGCGUCAAUUCCAAGGUAUCUGGACCCGAGAAAAUGCAAUCCGACGAUUCCCGGUCCUCCAGUGGGGUCCUCAGUAUUCGCUGCGAAAGCUCGGCUCUGAUGCCAUAGCCGGUAUAACAGUUGGCCUAACGUCGAUACCGCAGAGCAUAGCCUAUGCCGUAGUCGCCAAUCUGGAGCCCCAAUACGGGCUCUACUCCAACUUCAUGGGAUCGUUCAUUUAUGCCUUUUUCGGCAGCGUCAAAGAGAUCACAAUCGCUCCGACGGCCAUCAUGGCGCUGAUGGUGCAACACAAAGUCCUACAGCUGGGGCCGGCUGGGGCCAUCCUGUCUUCAUUCCUAUCCGGAUGCAUUAUACUCCUCCUCGGAUUGCUGAACUUUGGCUUCAUCGUGCAGUUUAUCUCGAUGCCGGUCAUAACGGGAUUCAUCACGGCAGCGGCCAUCACCAUCAUCAGCAGUCAGCUGAAGUCGCUAAUGGGCAUAUCUAGCCCCGGCAAAUCUAGCGAAUUCAUCGAUUCGUGGAGCAACAUCUUCGAAAACAUCGGACAAACGAGGCUGUGGGAUUCCUUGUUGGGAUUCGGAUCGUUGGCGAUUUUGAUUUUUCUAACCCUUAUCAAAGGGCGCGGCUCAGGCCGAUGGCGGAAAGUAACCAAAAACUUAUGUCUGCUUCGUAACGCUCUGAUCGUCAUCAGCGGCGGAACGUUGGCUUAUAUCUUUGCCAGCCGAGGUCAGCAACCUUUCCGGCUGACCGGAAAAGUAGCCUCCGGUUUUCCUCCCUUCGCCGCUCCGCCCUUCUCAACCAUCUUCAACGGAGAACAUUACAACCUGUCGCAGAUGCUGAGUAUUUUGAGUUCGUCGCUGAUUGCAAUUCCCAUGAUUUCGAUUCUGGAAAUAGUAUCAAUUGGAAAAGCGUUUUCCAAGGGCAAACCCAUCGAUGCUACUCAAGAGAUGAUAGCGUUGGGUUUGUGCAACCUGGCAGGAUCCUUUGUCUCGUCGAUUCCAACGACGGCUUCCUUCGCUAGAACGGCCAUUAAUAGUAGUAGUGGAGUGAAAACACCCUUCGGAGGAGUAUUCACUGGCGCAUUGGUAAUCGCCGCACUUGGCUUGCUUACCGAAUAUUUCUACUUCAUUCCAAAGGCUACGCUAUCUGCCGUGAUUAUUGCGGCCAUGGCUUUCAUAAUAGAAUACCGCGCAGUAGCCGAAAUGUGGCGGGUCAAACGAAUCGAUAUUGUUCCCUUCCUAGUGACCGUUAUAGCUUGUCUGUUCAUGGGCCUCGAAUACGGCAUUCUAGUGGGGAUAGGAGUUAACCUUUGCUUUCUGCUGUACCUCAUAUCAAGACCCAGAAUUGAUCAUCGGGUAAUUACAACUAACUCUACAACGGCUCUCAUAAUCAAACCAACCAAUGAUUUGGCUUUCUCAUCGGCGGAAUACCUUCGUGAAAAAAUUAUAAAAUUGGCCUCAAAGCAUGACGCCAACCUCGUAGUAAUUGAUGGAGAGUUGAUCAAGUAUAUCGAUUCGACAGUUGUCAAAAACAUGUCCAUCACCGUCAAAGAUUUGAAGGCCCAAGACCGAAGUGUACUUCUGUGGAGGUGGAACCGAGAGGUGCAGUAUUCGUUGUACCGAUAUAAGAAGGAGCAAUUCAUGCCUCUGUUUAGGGCUGACGAAAAGGCAGACGAAUUGAUCAGCAGCUGGCGAAGGGCGAACGUCUCCGAGGGUGUCGUUUGAGUGAUUUCUAUUGUGAUAUUAUCUAACUAGCCGCACACACUCUUAAACUUUCUUUUUAAGCAAAUGUACUAGCCAAAAUUUGAGUAAAUAAACUUCAAACUUAAAAAGA